ACUCCCUUCUCUCACUCUCCAGGGACGCCAUGCAGACUCUGCCCACAGCUGGAACUGACACUGGGUCGCGACCCCUCAAGGAAGGUCUCCUGGAGCUGAUGGCGAUGCUCAACAUGCAGGCGAACCAGGUGUUCACAAGCCACCUGGCGGCAUGGGCCCUGAGCCCCCCAAACCUCUACCCCUUCCAGGUCAGCUCGCUGGUCCUGCUCGAGAGGACUCCGGAAGAGGAGGAGGAAGAGGAGGAGGGGGAGGAGGAGGAGCAGGAGGAGGAAUGGGAGGAGGAGGAAGAAGACUAUGCAGAAAGGGGGGCUCUGGUAUUCCACCACCUGUACCUGGCUUGUCCCUGGCUGGCCCCCGUCUCCUUGCACCUCUGGAUGGGCCCCCUGCGGCCUGGGCCACCAGAAACCCCCACCAUCCGACAUCUCCCCCCAGACUCCCCUCUCCCCUCCCCAACCAGGAGCCCUAACUUGUGAGUGCGGGGUGACUGCU